AUGGCAAGCUCCCAGGCCUCCGCGUUUGGUCUUAAAGACCCGUCUUUAAUCAAAUUUCAAGGUUUGAUUGACGGAAAAUGGGUCGAUGCAAAAGACGGUGCUAAGAUUGUUGUUAAAAAUCCCGCUUCAAAUCAAGAACUGGGAACUGUCCCAGAAAUGGGCCUUGCUGAAACCGAAGAAGCCAUCGCUGCAGCUGCCAAAACAUUUCCUGCUUGGAGUACAACGACUGCCAAAGAACGUCAUGAUAUCCUCAUGAAGAUGUAUGCCCUCAUGCAACAGCAUCAUGAUGACUUGGGUCGCCUCAUAACUCUGGAAAACGGCAAAACGCUCACUGAAGGAAAAGGUGAGAAUACAUAUAGCUCUUCAUUUAUCGAGUGGUAUGCCGAAGAGGCUAUCCGAACCUAUGGCGAACAAAUCCCUUCCGCUUUCAAAAAUGUACGAAACAUCGUUAUCAAGCAGCCUGUUGGUGUCGUGUCUAUCAUGACACCAUGGAACUUUCCUUCAGCGAUGAUAACACGCAAGCUUGGCGCUGCUCUAGCUGCAGGAUGUACGACCGUGAUCAAACCUCCUCCUGAAACCCCGUUCUCGGCUCUUGCGCUGGCCGAGCUUGCCUCUCGCGCUGGCGUUCCGGAUGGUGUCAUCAAUGUGGUCACCACCGAGAAGAAUGUGGCAGCCGUUGGCAAACAGAUGUGCGAAAGCCCAAUAGUGAAAAAAGUUACAUUCACUGGAUCAACCCCUGUGGCGAAAUUACUUGCUGGAAUGGCUGCUUCUACUCUCAAGAAAGUAUCACUGGAAGCUGGAGGAAACGCCCCGUUCAUAGUUUUCGAUGAUGCCAACAUUGACGAAGCUGUCGCCGCUGCAAUUGUGUGUAAGUUCAGAGGUAGUGGACAAACAUGUGUUUGCGCCAACCGGAUCUACGUGCAUUCUACUGUCUACGCCGAAUUCGCAUCCCGUCUGGCAGAGAAAGUUGCUGCAUUCAAAAUUGGUGAUGGACUGGAUGAAUCAACGACGCACGGCCCUCUCAUCCACUCCCGCGCAACAGAAAAGGUCACUCGUCACAUCGAAGACGCCGUCUCCAAGGGUGCUCAAGUACUAGUCGGUGGUAAAGUAGUCGAAAAUACCAACUUCUUCCAACCUACGGUCCUCUCCGAUGUUCCAUCCGACGCCCUCAUCAAUGACGAGGAAACAUUUGGUCCCCUCGCCGCUCUAGUCAAAUUCGACACCGAAGAUGAAGUCAUCAAGCUUGCGAAUGCUACCGAGGUUGGUCUUGCUGGGUACUUUUUUUCGAGGGACAUUGGCCGAGCGUGGAGAGUGGCUGAGAAAUUGGAGGUGGGCAUGGUCGCUGUGAAUACUGGUUUGAUCAGUCAAGCUGUGAUUCCGUUCGGAGGUGUGAAGGAGAGUGGAUUGGGACGAGAGGGUGGUCCACAUGGGAUUGACGAGUAUAUGAACGAAAAACUCAUUGUCUUUGGUGGCCUCUGA